CCAACCCGGUCCUCGCCAUUUUCACUCCCAUCCUCAGUGGGACAGCAAUAGCUGCAAGCACUCGUAAGAAGAAGAAGAAGAAGAAGAAGAAGAAGAAGAAGAAGAAGGAGAAGAAGAACAAUGAUAAUAAUAAUAAAUAGGGGGAACAAAAAAUACAUACGCGUCUAUUCGCCAACCACCAUAUUCCCCCCCAGCAUGGCUCUUCGCACCAGCCUGGACGCUUCUCUACGGAAUGAUGGGCUACGCGUCUUACCGUGCGACCAUCACAGGACUGUCGUCUCCGUCUAGCAGGGUGCGCGAGUUGACUCGGACCGCGCAGGGAGUGUAUCUCGCCCAACUGGUGCUGAAUAACGCAUGGAUGCCGCUUUUCUUCGGGGUGAAGAAGCCGCUCCUUGCGUUGGUGGAUAUGUUGGUUCUCUCGGGGGCAGUGGGGUGGUUACUCACCACGUAUCAGGAGAUUGAUUCUACUGCGUACGCGCUGAUGGUUCCUUAUGGGUUGUGGUUGGGGUAUGCGACGUAUCUGAACGCUGGGGUUGGAUAUUUGAAUAGUUGGAGAAUUUAAUAUAUAGUAUAUAUAC